AUGAGCAACACGUACUACGGUGGCGGCGCCCAGGGCAGCUACAGACGCACCGUACAGCCAGUCAACAAUCCGCCUGGAGGAGCCACACUUCGGAAACCCGUGCUGACGCAGCGCCCGUCGCAGAUUACGCCUCAUAAAACGAUGACUCGCGUGAUGCCGCCGAUGCAACAGGCCGAACCCCCGCAUCGUGCUCUACUUACGGGAACAAUGCCGCCGAAUACCCCCGGAAUGGUGGCCACCUCGGUGAGCCCGAAGCGGAUGAGCCCGGUGAAGGUGGGAAGCAGGAGCCCGAUCAAGAUGAUGAUGGGCGACGAAAUCGAGCAGUUGGCCCCAUUGAAGCCUCCGCAGGUCCCCGUGCUUCCACCAGAGAUUGCUUCUCACCCACUCAUCGAGUCACCGCCUCGCAAGGAUUUCCUGCCAACUACCGCUUACUCCAAUGGCUAUGGACAGCAGCCGGAAAUUUCGCUGCCAGUUAGAGAGCCUUCUCCGGAAGAGGAGUCCGAUGCCGACUCUGAAGUGAGCGCCACCACCGCGGAGGAAGACUGGGGAGACUAUACGACUAGAUGUUGGUGCGAGAUGAGCCACAACGACGAGUACAUGAUCUCGUGCGACAAGUGCGACGUGUGGCAGCACAUGAAAUGUGUCGGCAUCCCCACCGCCAAGCCCCCGAAGAACUACCUGUGCGAGCAGUGCAACCCGCGCAAGAUGAAGCUCACCAAGGGACAGGCCAAAGACUACCAGCAGAAGAAGCUCGCCGAGCUGACGAAGGAGAAGCAGCGGAAGAAGGACCGUCGUGAGAAACGCCGGGCGGAGAAGCGAAAGGCCCGCGAGGAGGCCCGUGCCCUGAAGGCCAAGAAGAGGCGGCGCACCGAGCAGAUGCGCCCCAUCAGCACCGCCCAGUACAAGAAGUUCACCGAGAUCAAGACGAAUGAAUAUUGGGAUAUCAACGAUCUGCGACGGCGGAUAUUCAACGACGAAAUCCCCCCUCCACCGCAACCACCGAUUCCGGAGCUCGGCUUCUCGUUCACCUCACCGUUGAGGGCGUCAAGGCGUCUGAGCGACGAGCGCAUGGCUAGGGAAACCUCCUCCGAAGAAGAGUCCGACUCCGAGUCUGAAGUUUCCGAGAUCAGCUCGGCCAGCGAGGACGAAAAGGAAUGGAGCGGGGAGUAUACGACGAGCUGUUGGUGCGACAUGGGCCACGAUGACGAGAACAUGAUCGAGUGCGAAAAGUGUAGCACGUGGCAGCACAUGGUGUGCAUGGGCCUCAUGCCGGAUGGCAACAACCCGAAGGGUUACCAUUGUCAUUCGUGUCGUCCGCGCAGGCAGAGGCUCACGAAGGGACAGGCCCAAAAGAAACAACGGGAAUAUUUGGCCGAGAAGAAGAAACAAAAGGAGCUCAAGGAGAUGAGCAGGAAGGCGCGCCUCGCCAAGAAACAACGCGAGAUGGAGGCAAAGGAACGGACGAAGCAGAGGAAGCGCGACUACAUCAUCGCGGUGGUCAACGACGAGACGCAGGAGAAGGGGAUGUUGGCGGUGGAGGUGCUGGAGCCGAAUACGAUCGUCGCCGAAUAUCUGAGCCGCGUCUCGUUGCCCGAAGAAUGUCCUGAACGAGAGCCUACGCCCCGGAGCACUACGAGCAGCGGCUACAAGUCGUUCGAAGAAGGCCAGUGCGGCUCGCGUGGAGAUUACGUGGCUCCAGAGGUCAAACUUGUUGAGAAGCCGCUCCGUUCGGCCUUGAAGAAGCCCAAGCCGUUCAACGUUGACAAUUCUGACCGAAUGGGACGCGAAGAGGAAAGGCACCGCGAUAUUCCGAUGGGCGAAGCAGCACAGUGGCGCGGACGGAGAGCGGAAGAGGCGCGGACGGGAGGCCAG